UAACUGCCCGAAUAGUGGUCUCAGGUCGUAAUAACUCACAAGAGCACAGCAUGAAUGAACCUUCUUUUAUUCUCUCUCUUUAGGGAGAAGAAAAGAAGCAGAGUAGUGGAGCAGACUGAGAAGAUGGUGGUGGAUGGAGGCUACGGAGGUACCUGCGAGUGGCAGGGCAGAUGGAACCACGUUAAAAAGUUGCUGGAAAGAGCUGGUCCGUUCACGCACCCAGACUUUGAGCCCAGCACAGAGUCACUUCAGUUUUUGUUGGAGACCUGCAAAAUCCUGGUGAUCGGCGCUGGUGGUCUGGGAUGUGAACUGUUAAAAGGCUUGGCUUUUUCUGGCUUCUGCAACAUUCACGUUGUUGACAUGGACAUCAUUGACGUCUCUAACCUGAAUCGCCAGUUCCUCUUCAGGACAAAAGACGUAGGCCGACCCAAGGCAGAUGUUGCAGCUGAUUUCAUCAACAGCCGAAUACCUGGGUGCCGUGUAGUCCCACAUUUUAAGAAAAUUCAAGAUUUAGAUGAAAUAUUCUACAAACAAUUCCAUAUAAUUGUCUGUGGGUUGGACUCUGUAGUUGCCAGGAGGUGGAUGAAUGGUAUGCUGUUGUCUUUGCUGGUAUAUAAAGAUGGUGUAUUGGACCCAGGAUCUAUCAUUCCCUUAAUUGAUGGUGGCACAGAAGGCUUUAAAGGCAAUGCUAGAGUCAUUCUCCCUGGCAUGAGUGCCUGCAUUGACUGUACUCUUGAGCUUUAUCCUCCUCAGAUCAACUUUCCCAUGUGUACAAUAGCCUCUAUGCCUCGUUUGCCAGAACAUUGCAUUGAGUAUGUCCGUGUUCUACUAUGGCCUAAAGUGCGACCGUUUGGAGACAGUGUUGUAUUGGAUGGAGAUGACCCAGAGCACAUCCAGUGGGUACAUCAGAGGUCUUUGGAGCGGGCAGCCGAGUUCAACAUUACAGGAGUCACGUACAGAUUAACCCAGGGUGUUGUUAAGAGGAUAAUCCCGGCAGUAGCGUCUACAAAUGCUGUCAUCGCUGCUGCUUGUGCAACUGAAGUUUUCAAAAUAGCAUCAAGUGCCUUUAUACCUCUCAAUAACUACAUGGUCUUUAAUGAUGUUGACGGCCUCUACACCUACACUUUUGAAGCAGAACGGAAGGAAAACUGUUCAGCCUGCAGCCAAGUACCUCUCGACUUGUUCUUUUCGUCUUCUUCCAAACUCCAGAAGGUGCUAGACUACCUGAUAGAGAGUGCCAGCCUACAAAUGAAAUCACCAGCUAUAACAACAACGAUAGAUGGAAAGAACAAGACAUUGUAUUUACAGUCUGUUGCAUCAAUUGAACAGAGGACGCGACCAAAUCUUUCCAAAACUUUAAAGGAGCUUGGGCUGACUGAAGGACAAGAGCUGGCUGUAGCUGACAUCACCACACCCCAGACCAUGUUGUUCAGACUCUGCUUUACCUCAUAGUACAAACCCAAGCACCCUCAUACAGUCCAUGUUAUGCUUGGUUUUCUAGCCAGCUACGACACAUGGCUCCAAAAAUAGAUGUUUACAGUUGUAUAGUCAACAUGUACAUAUUUAUACAGUCAUGUACAUAUUAAGUGAAGUUAAUGAUUUGCACUGAAAAACAAAAUCAUAGCUUAAACCUUGUCAUGUUUUCAGGAAAUACUGUUUGCAAAUGGUGAAGGAUUAAAGUUAUCAUCAAUACAAGAAAGAUAUGUAUUUAUUCCACAGUUUUUUUAACUAAAUUGUAAUUACCACACACUAAAUAAUUUGAAUAAAAUAAUAAAAUGUU